GAGAAGCCAAAGAGAAGAGCAAGAAGCAAGCAUCAUUGCAGCAGUGAAUCCAAUAUGCCUCAAAACGACUAUAUUGAACAGCAUAUCAAAAAGCAUGGUAAAAGAUUAGAUCAUGAUGAAAGAAAGAGGAAGAGAGAGGCUAGAGAAUCCCAUAGAAUUGCCAAAGAUGCACAGAGUUUGAAGGGUUGGAAGGGUAAGCAGUUCGCUAAGAAGCGUUACGCUGAGAAGGUUGCUAUGAAGAAGAAGAUUAAGGCCCAUGAAGAAAGUAAAUUGAAGGGACCAUCCAAGCCUAAGGAGGAUGACGGUGAAGCUUUACCUACCUAUUUGUUGGACAGACAGCAGCAGAAUACCGCCAAGGCCAUUUCAUCCUCCAUCAAGCAGAAGAGAAUGGAAAAGGCUGAUAAAUAUUCUGUUCCAUUGCCUAAGGUAAGAGGUAUCAGCGAGGAAGAGAUGUUCAAGGUUAUCAGGACAGGUAAGUCAAAAUCCAAAUCCUGGAAGAGAAUGAUCACGAAACAUACCUUCGUUGGAGAAGGGUUCACGAGAAGACCUGUGAAGAUGGAAAGAAUCAUCAGACCAUCUGCCUUAAGACAAAAGAAAGCCAAUGUGACACACCCUGAACUCGGAGUGACUGUGUUACUCCCAAUCUUAUCUGUCAAGAAAAAUCCACAAUCUCCAAUGUACACUCAGAUGGGUGUAUUGACCAAGGGUACAAUUAUUGAAGUGAAUGUAUCAGAACUUGGAUUAGUUACCGCUGGUGGUAAAGUUGUUUGGGGUAAAUACGCACAAAUUACAAACGAACCAGACAGAGACGGUGUCGUCAAUGCUGUUUUAUUAGUUUAAAGUUUCGGUCAAUUUAUAUUUAUUUUUCUUUCACUAUUUUCUACGUUUUCUAAAUAUUCUGGAUAGCUCAUAAAAUCAAGUUUUUUCUUAG